GAUUUGGUUUUCUUUUUGUAACAGGCAGCUGCACUACAGAGACAAAUCUUUGACUUCCUUGGCUACCAGUGGGCACCAAUAUUAGCCAAUUUCCUGCAUAUUAUGGCAGUCAUCUUGGGAAUAUUUGGCACUCUUCAUUACAGAUCCAAGUACCUGAUAUUGUAUUCAGUUUGGCUAGCAUUAUGGGUGGCAUGGAAUGCAUUUAUAAUCUGUUUCUACCUGGAAGUGGGACAUUUAUCACAGCACAGGGACCUAAUAAUGAACUUUAACACCUCUUUACAUCGAUCAUGGUGGAUGGAAAAUGGACCAGGCUGCCUGGUGACACCAGUUCGUACAGCCCCUUUGUCACUGGCUGAUCACCAUAUGGUAACAGUGACUGGAUGUCUUCUUGAUUAUCCAUAUAUCGAGGCCCUGAGCAGUGCUUUACAGAUUUUUCUAGCGCUGUUCGGUUUUGUCUAUGCCUGUUACGUCAGCAAAGUUUUCAUGGAUGAAGAAGACAGCUUUGAUUUCAUUGGCUCCUAUGAUUCCUAUGGAUAUCAGGCUCCCAUGAAGACCUCACACCUUCAGCUGCAGCCACUGUACAAGUGGGUCACAGUACUAAUGUCUGCCACAUACUAA